CGCGGUGGCGCAGGUGCCCGCCGGGCUCGCGGGAGGCGCAUGGUGCGCGGGGAGGCUGGCGGCCUCCCGGGGGUCUCUGAGGGCCGCGCUCUCGGAGCCUCCGCCUGACGUCCCGAGGCGUCUCGGCGACGGCGCCCCUCACCGCAGAUGGCGUCGACCUCGGAAGCCCAGGGGCCAAUGCUAUUUGAAGAUCUGGCCGUGCAUUUUUCUCAAGAGGAAUGUGUGAGUCCACAUGCUGCUCCAGGGCCCCGGAGCAGAAAGGCCACCAAGGAAUGUUUGGACAAUGGGACUCGCAUUGGAGUGGAAGGCAAGACUGACAUUAACCCGCAAUUAAGCCUAGAGUCUAUGGAAUUUGAAGAGCAUUCCCAAGAGCACUCCAUUGCUUCACCCCUUGUUGAUUAUCCAGAAUCUUCUGAAGAUGAGAUUACACUCCCUGAAUGGAAAAUAUCAAGUGGAACUUCCACUUGCAAAAAACGAUUCAUAAACCUUUUAAUUACCAUUGACAACCAUACCCCAUUAGUAGAACUCUCUCAGUAUUUAGGAACCAGAACACUUUCAGAAAUUACUGAGCCUCCCGGGGAAGAACCCCCUGACAAUGUUUACCAGAGUGCUGAACGUGACCAAACCUUCUGUGAUAAUUCAUACCUUGGUUUACGUCAGAAAACUCAUUCAAGAGAGAACCAGUAUACAUGUGAUGACUGUGGGAAGAUCUUCAAUCAUAGAGCCAACUUGAGGACGCACAGGAGAGUCCACACUGGUGAGAAGCCAUAUAAGUGUGUCAAGUGUGCUGCCAGGUUCCGCCAGCACUCCCAUCUGUCCCGGCACAUGAAGAGCCACACAAAGCAGAAACCCUACCCAUGUGCCAUAUGUGGGAGAGGCUUUAAGUGGCUCUCAGACUUGACCCAGCACCAGAAAAGCCACACUGCUGAAAAAACAGAUAAGCAUGCUAACCACGAUAAAAAUUCUUCUAAGAAACCUGACCUCUCUCUACCAGAACACUCUUUUUAUUCCAGCACACAGGCCUCGCCUUACCAGAAUGCUCUGAGUGUGAAGAGCUCUGGGACAUCCUCGAGUCGCCCCCUCCUGGAGCAGGGCUUCAAGGAGGAACCUGAUCAGAGCAGCACUGAUGACGAAAACUAUUACAUCUUCUCCCAGUUCAAACCAUUACAGUGUCUUGACUGUGACAAGACUUUCCCUUGUUUCUCUAAGCUUAUUUCUCACCAAAGCAUUCACACUGGGGAAAAGCCCCAUAAGUGUAAAGUAUGUGCAAAAAGUUUUGCUUUGGAGUCAGAACUCGCAUGCCACCAGAAGAGCCACACAGAAGAGAAACCUUAUAAAUGUACGGAGUGUGGCAAGAGUUUUAAAGUGUACAUGCGUCUCAUUAUUCAUAGGCAAACCCACAAGAAAAGCACCAUAUAAUUAGAACAAGUUUUUGCUAAUGCCUAGGGGAUCUCUGUGGUGAGAAAGUUACUGUUCAUGUGCCAGGCGCCAUGUCCCAGCCCUAUACAUACAUUCCACUAUAUAUUUAAUUCUUACCACAACCUUAACUUAGGCAGUAUUAUUCCUUAUUCCUAAUUAAGGAAUGCCACUAGCACACUUACCACUGGAGCCACAAUUUGAACUCAGUUAUCAAAUUCCAUUUAUAUGAGCCAGAGAAAUAUAGAACUUUAAAUUUUAAAACAAAAUCCAGUUUUCAGUAAAAUGAAGGUUAUUGCUAGAGUUCUUUUAGUUUUUUAUGUCGUUUAAACAAUGUUCUAGAGGGAAAACUUAUUUUUUUGCCAGUUUUGCACAUGUGUCUAGGAAAGUAAGUGUUUUUUGUGUCUUUUAUACAUUUCAUAUGACUAUCUGAGUGUAAUAUUUGUAAGAGAUCAUUGUUUUACAAGAGAAUUUCUAUAAGAGUUUAGGACCACGUUUUGAUUUUUUUUUCAGACAGGGUCUUGUUAUAUAGCCUCGGCUGGCCUUGCAAUCAAGAUCCUCUAGCCUUUCUUCCUGAGAGCUGGAAUUAUAGGCAUGCACUACCAUGGCUGGCUACUUGAUAUCUUGUAAUAGACAGUCUAUGGAGUUUCCAUUCUUAAAUCUGAUGGCAGAAGCAGGUACUGCCAUCUGUGACUUAAGUGCUUCACAAGAGUUUUAGUAAUAUAAUUACAGCCCUUUUCAGGAGGUUGGAUGGACUUGGUUUGUGGAAAAUACCUGCUAUUCUCUAGAAGGAUCUGUCUCCAGAUCACUACUAAAACAAAUAACCUGAUUUGUUAUAAAUAAUCCUAACUUUGUGUGUGUGCAUGUACAUGAGUAUGUGUGUGUGCUGUAUGUGUGCGCUGC